AACGACGUGAUGCAGCAGUGAAGAGCUCCAUUGUGGGCCGUAUAAAGCAGAGGCAGGAACGGCAUUCCUGGCAGACACCAGCCGGUGGACAGUCGAAGGAGUUUUGCAUGAAUAGUGGACUGAUUCAGUCUGUGGCGACAAGGCGAUUAGCAUUUUGAGUGGAUUCACUGCCGGCUCUGUUCCAUUCACAGGGCGAGUUUAAGCCAGAGAGCUAAAAUGGGAGGCAAGCUCAGCAAAAAGAAGAAGGGGUACAAUGUAAACGACGACAAGUCCAAAGACAAGGAUGCCAAGGCAGAAGGUGUCUCUGCUGAGGAGAGUGAAGCACCGAAAGACAAGAAAGAUGAGGCCCCUGAGGCCAGCGAUGCUAAAGAAGUAGCGAACGAUACGGCUGCCAAGGAGACACCGGCUGCGGAUGCUGCAGCGCCAAAGGAGGAAGAAAAGAAUGCUGCUCCUGCCUUAAAGGAGUCGGAAAAACCUUCCACCAACGCUGAACCGAAAACAGAGGCACCUAAAAGCGCAGAGGCUGCCAAGGCUGACGAGAAACCAGGUGCCCCUACUCCGGCCAAAGAAUCGGCUCCCGUCACCAACGAGCCAGGGGCGAAGACCGCUGCACCUGGCCCUGCAGCCGAGAGCAAAGGGGAGGCUGACGCCAAAAAGACUGAGGCCCCCGCUGCUCCAGCGGCCAAAGCUGAGGUGACCCCGGCUACUUCUCCUGACCCUAAGCCCACAGAGGCGGCAGCUCCUGCGGCACCAAAAGAGGCUGCUGCUGCACCUAGUUCAACACCAGCCGCCGAACCUACCAAGGAGGCAAACGCCACAGAGGCACCAAGCAAGGAUCAAACCGUAGCAGUUCAAGAUUAAUGGACAGCUUCUUUUCCAAAACGAAGAAACAAAUUACCUAACUCAACGAUGACAAAGAUUUAAAAAGAAAAUGAAAUUACUAGCUCACCCAUAUUAUUAUGAUAACAAUAAUAAUAAUAAUUGUAAUGAUGAUAAUGAUGAUUUGUUGAAUAAGGACUGGAGAAGUUUCCCACCAAUGCGUAUGAUUAUUGCUAUUAUUAUUGUUAUGUUUUAAUCUAUUUUUUCUGCUGUAGUAUUUGAACUUUGAUACGAGCCUGUGUCGCCCAUACACCUUUGCCCCUUCACCUUCAUCAUCCCAUUCAAUCAUAACAUCCAGCUUCCCAUAUCAUCCCACAGAAGGAUUCAUGCAUUCACCUGCACCUUCUGCUCGGUGGAUGUCUUUAGUAAACCAUUGUGAUUAGACAAAAUCAAGUGAGAGGUUACAAAUUACUUUUCAAGGUGGAUUUGCAUUACAUCGGCCCAAUCUUUUGACCCAGAUCUUCCAGUGUUCCAGUGUUGCUUUAUGUUUUUCCUUUGAGGACUGAGAAUGCUGAAGCUUUUGGAGGCAAUUCACAGGUUGAAAAUUGCUGGCUUUGCAAAUAACUGUAGGAUUUCUUUCACAUAAACUUCUACAUUUUGUACUGAAACCCUUAGCUAUAUUGUAAGGAAACUAAGUGGUUUUUUAGCAUUUGUAAUACUUACAUUUGCAAAGCCUUGCUGAAAAUACCUUGCAAUGUUCUUGUAAAGUUUAAAGCAAUUCUCAGUCUUUUAAUAAAAUAAACAGUGACAAAUAUAAAACAGACAUAUCUAGCAAUGACGUUGAUGAUAUACAGGCAGGACAAUCUUUGAGAUUGUUUGAACUUGCUUGUAAUACUAAGUCGGUUAUGUUUACGGUGUUACGAGGACACUUUGGAUAGCACAUAUAAGUUGUGUCUUUUUAAAGACAGUAGACUAAACUGGCACUCAAACAUCCUGUGAUUGUUUAGAGGAAGAAAGGAAAUGAAAUCUUCAGCUUGCACAAUGUGGUCAGGCUGUAAGACUGUCCUGUGCUGUUAGGUUUUACAAUUCAGCCACCAAUACUUUAGUAUUUAUGUGAACCUCUUUAAACUUUUCUCAACCAAUAGAAAAGAAUUUAGAGAUUGGGACAUGGGCAUUUAAUCUGGCCACAAAAGGUACACUGGACAGUUGAUGCAGUUUACUUCACCUCAGCGGUCUGGUAUUUGGAAAAGAGAUGGCAUAAAAUGUUAGAAAGUCUCUGGACUUAAAUUAUUACAGGCAAUGAAAGAUUGUGUCCUGGAAGAAAGUUAAUAAAAUAUUUUUUUAUGUUCAUUAUAAGACAUGACUUUUCAAACAUUGUUCAACAGAUUCCAAACUCAGACACAGCUGUGUUGAUAUGUACAAUGUCCCUACCAGCUACAUAUAAAGCAACAUCACCAGCAAACAUCUGGAAACCUGCAGCUGGACAAAACAUUUAUAUAUAAACUAAAAUUAAGUGGGCCAAGAACUCAGCCUUGGUGUACACAUGUAUUGACGUUUUGAAAUGGUGGUUUCUUGUCACCUAUUAGAAUUCAUUGCUCACAGUUUACAGGAUUUGAGUCAAAUUACUGUAAACCCAAAUUAGAAAAAGUCAGUAUUCCAAUGAAAUUCAUAGUCAGUGCUUUGGUAUAGCCUCUUAAGUUCUUCUGUUAAGGUCAUCCUUCAGCCACAAGCCGUCAGCAGGAGGCGGUGUCGGCCUGUCAAGAUAGCACCACUUCAGUGAACAGCGAGAUUUGAACAUGUCACUUCCCUUCUGGGGACACCUCUGACGAAGACAAACGUUCUGCCAUUGAAACAUGUCAGGUCUGUUUUGAAAACUUUGAAGAACUUAAAGGCUAUAUAAAAAAAUCAUUUAAAGUGCCAAACACAUUUUUCAAUCUUCAACUACUUUAUCGUAAGGUGAAAAUAGGGUAUUUCUAAUUACACUCCAGAUCAACUACAGCAUAUUUAAAAAUGUAUUAAACUCUGGCUUGAUUUCACUUGCUGGUACCGUGUUUGAGAAAAGAGGACUUUGAUUUGGCCAAGCAUUUUUGUUAGCAUGUAUAAACAUCUGUGUAGCACUGGAGGAUGUUAUGUUAAGUUGAAUUAAAAGAGACAAAACAGGAAAAAGUAAGGUUUAUUUAGCAGUUAUUGUCAUAUUUUUGCAUCAUAAUGGGUUCUACUUCUGCUUGUGACCCAAUUCUUGGAGAAUAAAAUACUGAAUAUACCAGCAACUUAAACUCUGACCACCAAACCUUCCUCUUUCCACCUUUGCAUAAAAGCAGGUAUAUGUGUUGUCAUCUCCGCCAUUCAUCUGCCACCUUUUCAUCUCCUUCCAUCCGGCACACAGCGUCUUCCUUCCAGCAUUCGUUGAACCGUAGCAGAAACAAACAUCCGAGGAAGGUUGUGUGUCACUUGACCAUUUUUUUUCUUCCUCUUUUGACUCAGUAAAUUGCAUGUUUGUGGUUGGGUGAAUCUGUAGUCCUGUCUUUUUGGUCAAGUGGAAAAAAAAAAAAAAAAAAAAAAAAGUAUUGAUAAUUUCUUGGUCUGCAUCCAUGCCAACUACAAUUGAUAUUUUCAUUCCAUGUCUCACCACAGCUAUUUCUACAUGUUCAUUCAAGCAAACAGAAAAAAAACAUGAUAUGGAAAUUGAUGCGUUAAAAUUAUAUGUACUUGUAUAAAUGGUGCAACAGUAAUAAAAUGUCAGAAAUUGACUUAA